GUGAGGUCACUCAACAACCCAAUGCCAGUUGCAGCUGGCCCUGCAAGCCAGCGUCGCCUCUGUCCCCUUUUUUCCAUCUUACAUGCCGCCUCUUGUCUACAUGCACGCCUGGCUUGACCUUUUUUCUUAUUUUCUUUCUUCGACAUUCUGUCCUCUCUCUACACACCUCAACGCAUCUUAUCCCUGCCCCUGCAUAAUCUCGCGUCUCCGUCAUGAGCGCAUCUGCAAGCGUGGCUCGUAGAGCCGUUGUGGUGAACCCUUUCUCUGGCAGCGGUCGGGCGAUAUCGAGGUCAACAUUGCGAGCCAGCUCCCUCCAUCUCAGUCGCAACGCCCGGAGCAUCCAGCUACAAAACUCCGCCGUGGCGCUGCUCAUCCCCAUUCGUCCAGUCACCACCGAUACUAAUCGAGGCGGUCACUCGUCUGGCCCGCCGCCUGGUUUCAACGCUGAGGAGGCUAAGCGGCCCAUACCUAAGGAGACGGCGCCUGACCCAAAGACGACGGCGCAAACGAAGGAGGUCCAGUUGAAGGCAGAGGGCAAGAAGGCAGCAGCAGACAGCGAUAAGAGCGACACUCUGACGGAACUGACUGAGCGCAAGGAUGCCUUUGCUGCUUCCAAGAAGGACCCGAAGAAGGACAAGAAGUUGACCAUUGGGCAAAAAAUAAAAAAGGAGGCCCAGCACUACUGGGAUGGCACAAAGCUCCUGGCGACUGAAGUCAGGAUCAGCACAAAACUCGCGGUCAGGAUGGCUGCAGGCUAUGAGCUCACCCGGAGAGAACACCGGCAACUUCAGCGCACUGUUCAGGACCUGGGGCGGCUCGUCCCGUUCUCAGCAUUCGUCAUCAUACCAUUUGCGGAGCUGCUGCUCCCAGUUGCGCUCAAGCUGUUCCCAAACCUCCUCCCAAGCACGUACGAGAACCAGAAGUCAAAGGACCAAAAGGCUCAGACUCUGCGAGCGCUGCGGAGAGACGUUAGCGACUUCCUCCGACAGUCCAUCAAGGAGACCGGGCUCCCACUGUCCGCCGCGACAGCACAGAAGGAGGAGUUUGCCAACUUCUUCCGCAAAGUUCGCGCCACCGGUGAGAAACCCACCGCCGAGGACGUCAUCAAGGUCUGCAAGGCAUUCAAAGAUGAUCUCACCCUGGACAACCUGUCCCGGCCGCAGUUGGUAUCGAUGUGUCGAUACAUGAACCUGAACACGUUCGGCACGGACAUGAUGCUCCGUUACCAGAUCCGACACCGCAUGCGGCAAAUCAAGCGCGACGACCGGGCGAUCAGCUACGAGGGGGUGCAAAGCUUGACGGUCGCCGAGUUGCAGGUGGCGUGCGCCAGCCGUGGGAUCAAGUCGCAUGGCGUCUCACCGGCGCGACUGCGCGAGGACCUGCAGACCUGGCUCGAUCUGCGCCUGAAGGAGGGCGUCCCCUCGACGCUUCUCGUUCUGAGCAACGCCUACAUGUACGGCCAGACUGGCGACAACGCCGUCGCCAACCAGAUCGACGCACUCAUCGGCGUGCUGUCCUCCAUCCCCGAGGAGCUGUACCACGAGAUCGAGCUCGAGGUACACACUGCCGAAGGCGCGGCGACGAACAAGUUGCGCCUGGAGGUCCUCCGUGAGCAGCAGGAGCUGAUCGACGACGAGAGCGAGCAGAACGAGUCCAACCAGGAGAGUGGCCUGGCCACGCCCCGGGAUGUUGACGACAUUGACGAAAAGGACGAGAGGCAGGAGAGAGAGGAGAGGCAAGCGGAGGCCAAGGAUGCUGGACUGGAGAAAAAGCAGGUCGGCGAGGCCAUCGACGCCGAGUUAGAUGCCAGCCAGGCCGACAAAGCAUCUGUCAAGGGUGCGGAGGCCAAGAAAACAGAGUGAGUUGUGCUUGGUGUCACCAGAAGAAAUAUGUGUCCAGACUCCAAGGCGAGGUGAGAUGAUGCGUCAACGGCGCUCUGAGGAAUACAGUAUGCACUAGGACAAGGUUCUGGUCGUGUAAGAACAAACAUGUCUGAUGGACGAGAAUUUGACUGAGCUGUUGCACAAGGGCGCAGGGACGGGUCUGAUAAAGGGGGCCGCCAAAUAAAGACUACAAGACGUUUCGGCACUGGAAAUGGAUAGACUCAUUCAUAUGUUCCUUUUUUUUUUUUUUUCUUUAAGCAAACUCAUCGACGAACGAGGCUAUUAUUGCUAUGUUCUACUAUGCACAGGCCGGUUGGGAAACCAAACUCAUCGUACUGUGAUCCUCCGGACGGACAACACACAGCGAAGCUAUAGAAGCUGCUCCGCUCUUCACCACAGGCAAGAGCACAAAACGGGUGGACCAUGCUCUGGAAACUCUCCUCGUUGAUCUGUUAAAGCAGGUGGAUGUUCCGUAAGCACAGCCGACCAAGGGCGACGUGCGACAUACCUACAUAGGUACCUAGGUAGUAUGCAAUUCAAGAUGGGAGGGAGGAGACGAGAGCAGAUGUGCGCGCAUAGUCGACCAGUAACUGGGUUGCGGAGUGUCACAGGUACCUAGCCCCCUGGGUGGGUAGGGAGAUACCUACCUUGGUUAGCAAGCAG